CUCCAUAUAUCUUGCAAGCGAUAAACUGCGAACGCAUUCAGUACUACUUUCCUGCGAACUCCAUCAUGAAAGCUGCGUGUGUUAUUGUAAUCAUUGUCAUAUGCGCCUCUCAGACCUCGGGUAAGAAGAUGAGGUGGUGCACAGUGUCCGAGAUCGAGCAGAGGAAGUGUGCGGAGCUGUCCAAGGCCCUGGUGGCAGUCCUUCCUCCAGCGGCCGUGGCUGCCUUCGCCAGGCUGUCCUGUGUGAAGGCUUCCAGUACAGCUGACUGCAUUGACAAAAUCAGGGCGAACCGUGCCGACCUGGUGACAUUGGAUGCAGGGGAAGUCUACACUGCUGUUAAGCAGUUCGGCCUCAUUGCCGUAGCCAAAGAAAUCUACAGUGAUGGUGGCUGUAUCCUUGCGGUGGCUGUAGUGAAGAAUAGCAGCGAGGGCCUGGACAUGCGGUCUCUGCAGGGCCGCAGGAGCUGCCACAGCGGGGCUCGCUGGACUGCCGGCUGGAGCCUCCCGUUGGGACAUCUGAUGUCCCGCAACCUGCUGCCCUGGGCCGAGGACCAGCCAUUCAGCCACGCGGUGAGCAACUUCUUCAGCGGCAGCUGUGUGCCAGGGGCGGCCUCCCUAACACCCAAGCUGUGUGGCCUCUGCCAAGGUCAGAGGUCAUACGUCCGCCAUCGCAACUUUCACUGUGAAACGUCACACAGUGAGCCCUUCUAUAACAACCAAGGGGCACUCAGAUGUUUAAAGACAGGAGCAGGAGAGGUGGCUUUUGUGGACCACACUGCCCUGAACACUAUUGAAGAAAGUGAGAGAGAGGAGUACAAGUUGCUCUGUACAGACGGCUCAACUGCUCCUCUUAGUGACUUCAGAAGGUGUAACCUGGGCAGGGGUCCUGGAGGUGGAGUUGUCACACGUGUGAAUUACCGCAAGAUCGCCCGCAAAUUCCUCACAGCAUCAGUGAUGGCGUUUGGCUUGCGAGGAAGGGAGAGGCAGCGGUUCCAGCUGUUUGACUCAAAGCCAUUUGGCUCCAGCGACCUGCUUUUCAAGGAUGUGACUGAGAAGCUGGCCAUCCUCCCUGACGACAUGGACAUCAGUCAGGUGCUGGGCCUGGACUACGUUGCCCUCCUGAAAGGCCUGGGACACGAAGGUAGUUCUCUUGAGGACAGUGUGGUGCGCUGGUGCUGCAUCAGCCAUGCGGAGCAGAAGAAGUGCGAGCGCUGGGCCCUGAGCAUCAAGUCGGACCCUCUGGUGUGUGUGAAGGCGGCCUCCAUGAGCGACUGCAUCGAAAAGAUCAAGAGAGAUGAAGUGGAUGCUGUUUCACUGGAUGCAACUCACACCUUCAUUGCUGGGAGGUGUGGUCUUGUUCCUGUGGUGACAGAGUACUAUGGAGAGAAGUGUGAACCACCUGAGGGAUCAACUCAUUUUGAGACUGAGGACAUGCCCCCCGUGUGGGCUGUGGCCCUGGUGCGGCGCUCCAGCAAGAAUGUGUUUCUGGGGAACCUGGGGGGGCGGCGCUCGUGCCACGGCCACAUGUACAGCCCUGCAGGCUGGCUGCUCCCCGUAAAACACCCCCUCAGCCACGAACACAACAGCAGCUCCAGCUGUAGCAACCCUAACCAAGUAUACUCUAAGGUCUUCUGGAAGGGAUGCCUUCCUGGCGCUCGGGAUAACCUCUGUAAGGUAUGCAUGGGAGGAACAGAGGAGGCAGCUACUAAACGUUGUGCCGACAACCACAAUGAACGUUACUAUGGAAAUAUGGGUGCUUUGAGGUGCCUUGUGGGAGAUUCCAGCGGGAAGAGUUACGGAGAUGUGGCUUUCCUGGAGCAUCACAAUUUGGAAAACAAUAUCAAGCAGCUGAACAUGACUGGCUGGGCAGAGGGCUGGCUGGUCUGGGACUUUGAGCUACUCUGUGGGACGGGUGGCAGAGCCCCACUCUCUGACUGGCAGAACUGCAAUCUGGGCGCAGUGCCACCCAAUACGGUCAUGACCCGACCUGUUCUCACCACCCGCAUUUAUGACUUUCUCAUGAAGUCUCAGGAAACCCUGGUAGCCCAUCCAGACUCGGAGUUUCAACUGUUUGAGUCUCAGGAAUACGGCGAGAGUGAUUUGCUGUUCAAAGACUCCACCCGCUGCCUGGUCCACACGAGCCACAUGGACUACCACACUAUCCUUGGAGAGGAGUUCUACAGGCAAGCUGAAGCAGUCUUCAACUGCACACACACAGAUAUUUUGGAGUUUUGCAACCAGGAUGUUUGCAGUAUUUUCUGAACAAUAUGUCAACACCAAUGAGACAAGAAAUCACCACUUCAACAUAUCCUGUGGGUCCAGUUGCAUCUGAUCCAUAUGUUAUAUACUGGUAUAUAUUUUUCAUUUGUGUAAAACAAAUUUCCAAUAAACUUAUGCCAACAUUUUAA